AUGGACCUCCAGUCAGUUACUUGUGAAAUUUUGUUAGAGGAUGGGAAGGAUCUCAUUUAUACUGCGGUCUACGCUUCAAAUGAUGAGGAAGAAAGGAAAAAGUUGUGGUGUUCUCUUCGUACUACAGAGGCCAAUUUUGGUUUAUCAUACAGGUCAUGGAUGGUUAAUGGGGAUUUUAAUGAGAUUCUCUAUCCAGCUGAAACCUCAAAUGCUAGCAUUGUUUGUUCUACAAGAGGAAUGAGGUUGUUUGGUGAUUGCCUAGCUGAUUUAGGUCUAUUUGAUCUUCCGUUUAGUGGUCCUCAAUUCACUUGGACAAAUAAAAGAUCAAUAGAUCCUACUAGGAAGAAAUUAGAUCGUUGCUUGGCGAAUGGGCAUUGGCUGUCAAUGUUCCCAUCUAGUCAUUGCACCUUCGAGGCUCCAGAGUUUUCAGAUCACUCACCUUGCUUUAUUCAGCUCGUUACGCCUCCUCCUUCUUAUGCUUUGGUUCAAGUUGGUGUUCCUGUUUAUACUCUUAAAGACUUUUGUUUCAAGCUGAAAAAGAUGAAAGGCCCUAUGAAGUCUUUGAUGAGGGAUAAUUUUUGUGACUUAGAGAAGAGAGUAGUUGAGGCUCACUCUAAUCUUGUUGCCCUUCAGCUGUUAGCCUUGAAUGAUCCUUCUCCAGUCAAUCUUCAGAAUGAGUUAUUAGCGAAAGAUGGGUGGAUGCAUCUUAGUCUUGCUGAGGAAGGUUUUUUCAAACAGAAAUCUCGUCUCACAUGGUUAGGUGAGGGUGAUUUUAACACUUCUUUCUUCCAUAAGGUCUCUAUGGCCAGAAAUGCAGGGAACGCCAUAAAACUCUUGUUAAAGCCAGAUGGUUCUGCUACAUCAUCUCUCAAGGAAGUUCAUGAGCUAGUUGUAGAUCACUUUGCUGAGAUUUUGCAGACAAUUAAGGGACCAGAUGGAUUUCCUGCUGAGUUUUUUAAGUCGACUUGGUCUAUUAUUGGGCAGGAUUUAACAAUGGGAGUGCAACAAUUCUUUCUGGAUUCCUUUCUCCCAUCCGCCUUAAACUCGACGAGUCUUAUCCUUAUUCCAAAAAUUCCAGGGACAGUUGAUGUUAGGGAUUUUCGUCCUAUCUCUUGUCUUAACACGACUUACAAGAUCAUAUCUCGGCUGUUAUUAGACAGGUUAAAAAUUCUUCUUCCUGAUCUUAUACUUCCUAAUCAAACCGCAUUUAUUAAGGAUAGACUACUAUUGGAGAAUGUGCUAUUGGCCUCAGAAGUUGUGCAAGGCUAUCCACUUGCUUCAGGCUUUUUCAAAGGAAAGACAGGUUUGCGCCAAGGAGAUCCAUUAUCCCCCAUUCUAAUUGUUAUGAUAAUGAAUGUGUUAUCUCUAACGUUGAACAAAGCAGCAGAAGAAGGUUCGUUCAGUUACCAUCCUGGUUGUGAGGAUCUUAAGCUUACUCAUCUUCGUUUUGCGGACGAUUUAUUAAUUUUCUUAGAGGGCUCUGAGCAUUCUUUGAGAGGAGUUAUGUCAAUCCUCUCAGACUUUGAGGAAAUGUCUGGACUGGGAAUGAAUAUUGAGAAGACCUCCAUGUUUUGUUCUGGUUUAAGUGAGAGUAGUUUGGAAAGGCUGCAUUUACUAUUCAAUCUGAAGCAUGUCUCACUUCCAGUCAGAAAGAAAUUAAAUUCUUGGACUCACAAGUUUCUGAGUUUAGCAGGAAGGUUAACACUUAUCUCUAGUGUUAUUUCAGGCAUUAUUGGUUUUUGGACUAGUGCUUUCUUCCUUCCGAAGCAAGUUAUUAAGCGGAUCAAUAGCCUGUGCAGCUCUUUUCUAUGGCGAGGCAAGAUCGAUUCUCCUUCGGGCGUUAAAGUGUCAUGGUAUGACAUUUGCUUCCCUAAGCUCGAGGGUGGUCUUGGUUUAAGGAACAUUGGUAGUUGGAAUGAGACUUGUGCCUUGAAACUUAUAUGGAUGUUGUUUUUUAGAGCUGGUUCGUUGUGGGUGGCAUGGAUUAGAAGUAAGUAUUUUUCUAAAUCUCCUCUGUGGGCGCUUAAUGAGAAAAAUAUUGCUUACUCUUGGAAUUUUAGAAAAUUACUUAAGCUUCAUCCCUUAGCUCUUUAA